AUGGGUUUUGACAACGACAAAUAUCCUCUUCCGGCUCCUACUGAAUCUUCGACUCUUGAUUCCGCAGACGAAUCCAUCCACAUUGACGACAUUGACACCAACGUUUCUACAAACGUUUCCAACCGCACCGACAGAACCUCCUACUCUGUUCCCGACGACGGCACUCCCAUUACCAUCAACACCACCACCCCUACCAAGCCCCACGGCGGCGGCACCCUUCACAAAAAGUUUCCUUCGCAGACAUCGCUGCUGAUUGAGUACUUUGACACAGGGUCGACCGACGGACAGGACCAACGACGUGCAAGUGUACGCGUACGGAUCACUCCUUCCUCCCGCAAGUCCAAGAAAAGCCUCGCGAACGAUCACAUUCAGAUCUCCCAAGCCUCUCGCAACCAUCGUAAGCCCUCCUCCACCCGGCGCAUCUCGCUCGCAAGUGAGUCCCGUGACGAGCUUAUCGAUACCCGCAGCGUUGUUUUUUCCGAUAUCUCGGCCCUCCCGCCCGAGGGCACCUCGUUUCUGCCCAGCUUCGCCGACGACGAAGACAGCGACGGCGGCCGCUACAUACCUGCUCCAUCCGACAUCUCGUCUAUGCCCACAGACAGCAUGACGGGCGCUACGGAAAUUCUCCCCCCAGCCCGGCGAAGGAGCCGGAGCAUUGAGCGGGAUGCUGUUACCGACUCAAUGGUUUCCGAGGCCAUCAAGGAUACCUUGAAAGCCCCCAGAGAACAACGCAGCAGGAGCCUAAGCAAAGAUCGCAUCACUCAGCGCGUAAUGGAAAAACUCCAACAGCAGGCUGCCGAAGGCAACCUCUCCUCCAAAUCUAAAGAAAGAUCCUCAAAGUCGAGAGAAACCUCGAGACGGAGAGACGAUGACCUCUCCUCGUCGCGCAAGUCGCAUCGAAGGAGAAGCAAAGACGUUGAACGUGUUGGUGGCGUUAGUGGUACCGAAUCCAGUGUGCUCUCAUCAAACAUUGACCGCCGCUCUGUCGUUUCUGGAACUUCCUCCAUCAACAACCCAAAACUGCUCGCUACAGUCGAGGAUGCCAUCAAGCGAUUGAUCCUUCCCGAACUGAAUGCACUCAAAGAAGAGAAUCGCACAUCGCGGAAUGUCGACAAAUUUGAGCGCUCCAACCGCGACAGCACAACUCUGUAUGAGCCCGCCGAGUCUACCAGCUCGCGCGACCCCUCCAAGCGACGUGUGUCCAAAUCAUCCAGCACACCUAAGCUACACAGCAACAAACCCAAGGUCACUCUCAAUAGAGACAACGAUGACCCUGCAAUCACACUGACCGGCACAUCAAGCCGUAAGAGUGAUCGACGAUCUAGCCGAAGCUCCAUCUCGAGCUUUGCGGAGUCGACUACUAGAGAGGAAAAGUCCCACCGGAGAAAGAGUAGGGACAAGGAGGGCUUGUCUCAGCGGGAAUCGGCCCUACUUUCGCUUGCUGGAGCUGGCCUCACCACGGCCGCUCUAAAGCAUCACACAUCACGUGAAGAAAAAGAAGAAGAACGCAAACACCGAAAACACCGCUCCUCUCGCAGCAUCAGAAGUAGGUCGGAAAGCGUGUCCGAUAGUUUGCAUGAGGAAAAGCAACCCAAAGAGCUCGUUCCACCACUACCUUUCAAUCAGAGUGAGAUGAUAGGAGGAUCUGAGCUCACUCGAGAUUCUAUUCUCUCUGCUGAGACUGAGACCAAGGAGAGACCGGAGUCAAGAUCAUCUGCAAGCACUGGAAUUUCGGGAACAGGUGCCGAGACUCCUCUCCGACAAGUCCCUCGAGGUUUCGCCUCGCCUUCACCGCUCACGCCAAGUCGCACUCCCAAUGCUUUGCCACAAAAUCUUGGUUCAGCCCACAGCAAUCGCUCUACUGGCGAUGUUCGUCAGUCCACUCCAAAGAGCGAGCGCAGCUAUACCUCACGACAGAAAGAAGCCAAUGAUGCAGGUUUAUCAGCUGCUGCUGCGGCCAAAAUCCGUGCGAUUGAACAGUCUCAGUCUCAAGUGUCAAAGUACGAGAUUGAGAGUGACACGCAGUCGGGGCGUGGCGUCAGCCCGAUCCAAAGCGAGGCUAGUUAUCGUGGCGACACUACCAACACUGGUUCUCCCCGAAGAUUUCACUCCAUUCGUAGCGGGCCAUCUGUAUCAUCGCUUGGUGACCAUUUCGAACGACGACAGUCUGGCCUUUCCAUCGCUUCGUUGGAUUCAACAGCAAGUACAAAAGCUGCGCGAACUCGCAAACGGCCGCAAGGUGUCACCCUCGAGAGCAAGAAAUCCAUACUCAACGAGCCAAGUACUCCUACCGACACCAAGGAGUUCUUUGAACGUAAUCAUAAGAAGAACGAGCAAUAUCGGCGUGAACUGGAGGAAAAUCCUCUGACUCCACCACCCGUGAAUUAUAACCGCCUGACCCAGUACACUGAUGACAGCGUGGGAGGACCCGAUCUCAGCCUCGACCGGGAUCCGAAACUGGCCCAAGACAUCCGCAAAGUUGGCUCGAUUCCUGAAUACAUUCACACUCCACUCGCCGUGGAAUCUGCUGUGGCCUCCCUGUACGACCAAACUGAACUCAGUGUCCGCUCUUCAAAGGCGUCAAGCCCACUGAAGAAAAGCACGCUAUCUCAAGUUAGCACCAAUCCUGCUUACGUACAGACUGACAAUGUACCCGCUGGUCAGAGAUGGGCUGCAAUUCGCGACAAGGCUGAAGCAAUGUCACAAGGGAACAAAGUCGAAAACUCCCCAAAACAGAGCAUUCCUCGCGAGAAUUCUCCAAGGCAGAGUAUCGCCGAAUCGGAGGACGCCGAAUCGAUUGAUGAAGCACCUCGGAUGCAUCACAGUGCCUUCCCAACAGGUGAAGAUGACAUGCCUGAAAUUGGAUAUGGUAUGGACGACCAGUCCGACGUAACGACCAAUCCCUCAAUCAUCCAAGGACCUAUCGGAGGAGGAAAAGGCUACCGCGACCGCACUGAUGAGCUGCUUGAUAUGCAAGAGGAGCGAGAACGCACACCUACCUCGUUCUCCAAGGGUGCUCAUCUCCAGCGGCAUGAACAGCCAAGCCCAGCCACUUUUGAUGAUGAGCGCCAGCCCACCGUAGAAGAUGACUAUGAUCAUCCCUAUCCAGGUGAGACACAAUACGAGCAGGCAGGCUACGCGCAAAGUACGCGCACUCCUUUGUCAGGCCAAACCGGCUGGAAAGACGAGGGUUACCAGUCGGCUAACCAUGGUGAAGGCUACACGCCUCAAAACCGCAAAUAUUCCAAGAUGUUUGAGGAUGAUGAUUAUGGCGACGAUUACGAUGGUAUGGCCCUCGGAGAAGAUGCGUUUGGUGCGCCUAGAGGCAAACAUGACCGACAAGUCAGUGGCAACUCUCAUGGCAUCGACUCACCACUCUACGACGCGGCUACCGGCAAGGGCAUUGACCAUAUCCAAUCCAAGGAUAUCGUUGCGCUCAUGGAUCACCUUACCGUUCGCGAUGCCCAGCGCAAUGCUCGUGACACCGAGAUUUUGGUCACACUUGUUCGUAGCGCGGCUGAGAUGCGCACUCAGUUGGACGACCUGAAGCAGUUCAUCAAGGUUCAAGACAAUAUGAUUAUGAACACGACUGACAAGCGAGUCAAUCUUGCUGAACAAAGAAUUCUCGGUGGCCCUCGUCCACAACCCGUUACACCACCUCGCUUCAACCGCAACAAUUCUGAGGAGGAGAUUGAGACUAAGAAGAAGAGCGUCUUUAGGCGUGCUCUGAAGGGUCUAAGCACUGGCAAAGGUGAUGGCGACAUCAAGCACAUUGAAGCCAUGCUGGUUCAACUGCUUGGUGAAGUCGAGGGCUUGAAGCAGGUCAAUCAACUGUCUCUAGACCAACAGCAGCAGCAACAGCAACAGCAACUACAACCCCCAGAAAGUGCUCGAACAAACAGUAUGACCUCGCUUGAUAACCGCCGACAGAGUGGUGACGCGGGUUAUGAGCCAGAGGGUCGCGCUAACACCGCGGAGUCGCCAAACCAGUCGGGAUAUUUCUCCAUUCCUUCUUCUUCCAGGCGUAUCCAGGAUCUUCACUCUGGUUAUGACGUCGGUCCAACAACCCGUAUUAGCACGGUGCGAGAAGAAAGUGACGAGGAGUAUGAUGAACGUUCCCCAGGAUACGAGAAUACGGAGCGAAUGACAACACCGACCCAAGAAGCUUUCCAGGAGAAGCGUGCAUCUCUUGGCACCCCACCACAAGCUUCGAGGGCAGCACGAGACUCACGAGACUCGCGAGAACUGCAGAGCCAGGAGAACACGCCAAAGCGCAAGCACAAGUCAAAUUCCUCAUCAAUUUUUGGCAUACCCAAGAUUUCGCGAUGGUCCAAGACAACUGCCUCGACCAACCCCGAAAGCCUGCCGCGCAACAGUGGAUCUGGAGACAAGCGACCUUUCUCCGCUCAUUCAAUCCACUCCAGGUCGUCUUCGCAAGAUGACUACUAUGAUGAGGAGGAGGAGGAGCCGUAUGCGCAGCACGCCGACGACAGGCUUCGUUCCAGCACAUCUCUCGCCAGAGAAGACCAGGGUUCCAUCCGCUCCGUUCGCUCUCCUUCGCCUCUCAUCCCAGAGGAGAAUGCGUACGAGAUGGAGGACCCCAAGUACCAGGCUCAUCGCAACUCGCUGAACCUGCAACAUCCUCAGCCACGACCUGGUCCUACUGGUCGUCAUCAAAAUAAUCUGGAGACUCAGGCGCAGAUCUUCCAGCCUACUAACCGUUCGAGCAUCAGUUCUCCUGAUUUCGAUCAAUGGGGCAGCAUGCCUUCGCUAGCUCGUAACCGCCUCUCUGGCAUGUCAGCUCCCCACGCCAGCAACCUUUCUCCGAUUUCAUCGGACGGUAGCUACAGCCAAGCUUCCGAGCACCAAAAUGGCUCAGCUCGCCAGCCCAAGGCUAUGGAUGAUGGACCACUUAUGCCUCCACAGCAAACCCUUGCUGGUUACGGCCAGACGAGGCAAAUGUACAGCUCGCCAAAUGAGUUUGGCAGUCAAGGUGCCUUGACACCACUCGCACCCAUCGCUGAGGUGCGUUAUUCGCUUGAGACCGACAGGGGCCACCGCAUGACACCCACUGCCUCGUCUCGCGCGAGCUCUGCAAGCCUCCGUACCAUGAGUGACUUGAGCACACCACAGCGCAAGAUCACCGGUCCUAGGGCCAUGGGAAGCAGGAGCCCACAGCCAAACAGCCCGCUCCAGCACUCAGAUACCGUCGUCCGAAGGAAGCCUAUUGAGGAUGACUUGGAGUCUCUCGAGAGCUACCGCAGCAGUCUCGACUCUGAGAUCUUCUAG